AUACCUAAGUAUCCAACACUAUAUAUUAAAUCAUUCUCUUCUAGCCUUUUGUAAGUGCAUGAAAUAAAAUAGAUUAUAACUACGAUAUUUUCACUGCUAGGUAUAAUUUUUCAGUGUCAAGUUGAACUUGGUACAGGCUAGCAUAUGUUCAUAAAAAAAAAGUACGGACUAGCUUAAUAUAUAUUAUUGAGGAGGAUAUCCUGUCUGAUCAUUAAUUCGAGGGGUCAUUGCAAGCUGUGUUCACUCAAAAGGUUUUGAAUUGUCGAUUAACAGAAGACAAAACAAACUUUUUUUAUUGCAUGGUAUCUGUAGUCCUCCUUUGGAGCUAGCUAGAAGAGCAUACACAUAUACAAAAAGAAACAAGUGGCACAGACAAUUUCUUUAGGAGACAUGAACAUGGAAGAAGCAAAAGAAAAGAGAGAGAUUAACGAGAGAGAGGACUUAGAAGGAGUAACAAUUGAUUCUGAAGGGUGGAAGAAAACCCAGCAACCAUGGAAUAAGCAGAUAACUAUAAGGGGAAUGGUGGUGAGCAUCAUGAUUGGAACCAUGUACAGUGUGAUAGCCAUGAAGUUGAACCUCACAACUGGGCUGGUUCCUAAUCUAAAUGUCUCUGCAGCACUUAUUGCUUUUGUAUUUAUCCGAUCAUGGACAAAGAUGCUAGAAAAGGCAGGGUUUGUGUCAAAGCCUUUCAGUCGGCAAGAGAAUACUAUGAUACAAACUUGUGCAGUUGCAUGCUAUAGCAUUGCUGUUGGAGGCGGAUUUGCUUCGUAUCUCUUGGCAUUAAACAAGAAGACAUAUUUGUUGUCUGGGGUCAACAACGAGGGAAACUCAAUAAAGAGUGUCAAGGAGCCUGGGUUUGUUUGGAUGACUGGUUACCUCUUUGUAGUCUGCUUUGUUGGCCUUUUUGUCUUAGUUCCCCUGAGGAAGAUAAUGAUAGUAGAUCUCAAAUUGACUUAUCCAAGUGGCUUGGCAACCGCGGUUCUCAUUAAUGGUUUCCACAGUCAGGGGGAUAAGAUGGCAAGGAAGCAAGUGAAAGGGUUCAUGAAAUAUUUUUCGAUUAGUUUCUUGUGGGGUUUCUUUAAAUGGUUUUUCAGUGGAAAAGAUAAUUGUGGAUUUGGACAGUUCCCUACCUUUGGAUUGCAAGCGUGGAAGCACACAUUCUACUUCGACUUUGGCUUGACUUAUGUUGGAGCUGGGAUGAUUUGUUCCCACCUUGUAAACUUGUCUCUGGUUCUUGGAGCUGUGCUUUCCAAUGGAAUAAUGUGGCCACUCAUUGGUCGGCUUAAAGGACAUUGGUUCUCUGAGAGUUUGGAAGAAACUGACAUGAAGAGUUUGUAUGGUUACAAGGUUUUCCUAUCCGUUGCUUUAAUCCUAGGUGAUGGGAUUUACAAUUUCAUCAAGAUAUUGGCAUGCACAAUCAUUAACAUCCAUGGCAAAUUCAAGAACAAGGACGCCAACAUGGAUGUGGACGACCAAGGGAACCCCAUUGAAGUUUUGAAACAGAACGAAGUAUUCCUGAAAGAAAACAUUCCCAUGUGGGUUGCACUCACUGGCUACAUCAUCUUUGCCAUCGUAUCUAUAAUAGUGAUCCCACUGAUGUUCCAUCAACUUAAAUGGUACUACGUUGUCAUAGCCUAUUUUCUUGCUCCAUCUCUAGCAUUCUGCAACGCUUAUGGAGCCGGCCUCACGGAUAUGAACAUGGCGUAUAAUUAUGGGAAAGUAGCCCUCUUUGUCCUGGCUGCAUUGAGUGGAAAAGAAGAUGGUUUGGUGGCAGGACUUAUUGGGUGUGGUAUAAUAAAAUCUGUUGUUUCUGUGGCUUGCAUUCUUAUGCAAGAUUUCAAAACAGCACAAUUGACUAGUACUUCUCCCAGAGCAAUGUUCUUGAGCCAAGCCAUUGGCACGGCGUUAGGCUGUAUAAUGGCACCCCUUAGCUUCUUCCUUUUCUACAAGGCCUUUGAUGUGGGAAACCCAAAUGGAGAGUUCAAAGCUCCUUAUGCGUUGAUCUACAGAAACAUGGCCAUUCUAGGUGUUGAAGGCUUCUCAGCUCUCCCUCGCCACUGCCUGCAACUCUGCUAUGGCUUCUUUGCCUUUGCAGUAGGAAUUAAUGUAGUGAGAGAUCUUGCGCCACCAAAGAUCGGAAAAUAUAUGCCACUUCCUAUGGUCAUGGCAGUGCCCUUUUUAGUUGGGGCAUACUUUGCGAUUGAUAUGGGAAUUGGGAGUUUGAUUGUGUUUGUGUGGUACAAGGUUAACUCAAAGAAGGCCAAGUUGAUGGUUCCUGCAGUUGCUUCUGGAUUAAUUUGCGGGGAGGGACUUUGGACGCUUCCUGCUUCAGUUCUUGCUUUGGCCAAAAUUAAGCCUCCCAUUUGUAUGAAAUUUGUGCGUUCCUAGAAAAAGCAGUAGAAAGAUUUGUGGGGAGAAUAGUAACAACAUUAAAGGGCACACAUGGUUAUGCACAAACUUGUUAGUUGUUAGUGCGAAGUGCAACAAAAAUUAUACAAAAGUGAUCCGCAGAGAGCGGAACAGAUUAUAUCCUUUCUCAAACGACAAUAAGAAUGCAUCUUAUUUCUUUCCA